AUGGCCAUGGACCCGGCCCUGGUCCGGCUCGGGAACAUGAUCCAAAACCGGUACAAGUACUUCCGGUGGACCAGGCGGACGGCGGGCAUCACGUUCAUGUACGUCGUGGUGGUUCCGGGCAUCAUUGGGUACUUGGGUUACAAGACCGAUGGUCUGUGGGAUCUGCGGGCGAAGCGGAGGGGCGAUAUCAUCUCGGAGCGUUAA